ACAUGGGCGAUUACAGUGUGUGGAAGACAAAGAUAUCAGACCAGUUCUCCACACUGACUGAUGACGAACUGUUCGUGUUAUUCUGUUUUCUGUGUUCCGACUCCGGUCCUCCUGACUUCACUGACACAGAGUGGCUGGACUUACUUAAUAAGAUACGCCUGAGAGUGUACGGUAAAGAGAAUCCUGUAACAAGUGAGAAAGCGCAGCAGACUCUGGACAGACUGAAGUCACGUGAUUACCUUUGGGAAGACGUGGACAUGAUAACGGAGGACACAAAGGAUGAGACAAUGUAUAGGAUAGCAUCAAUAUACAGUGUUAUACCAUUCUAUUACAGUAGUUAUGACACAGCCAGUGUGUACCUGAGAUCAGAGAGAUACAACAGAAAACCUGGAGAGAAGUGUGUCAGUGGUGGUGGUUACUGUGAUUACUUACUGAUAGAGCGUCUACAGAUGAACAUACUGACUCACGUCACCAUGGAGGACACGACUAUAUAUGAUAAGAUACAUCAGAUAUUGAAUGUUUCAAACCAAAAACUAAAUGACAGUGAAGAUAAAAGAGAAGAAUUUCUAAUGGAUCUAAGAAGAGAAGGGGAGGCUGUACAUUACAGAGGAAGAACACAGGAUAGUGUAGAUCACGUGACAUGGCUCUGGAGAGACUGGUUAUUCUCAAGACCUGACAUCGUGAGAUCCUGUAUAGGCCUCCAUCCACACUGGGACAUUUACAUCAUCGACAAGAAAGCUUACAGAAAAACAAGCACAUUUCAUAAUUAUUCAGAAGUCGACAGAAGUCUUCUUUACAGUUUACUGUUGUGUGACAAGUACACUGAUAUUGUAAAUGGAGAGGUGUUCAAGUCAAUAUUGGUAAAGAUACGAGAAAAUUAUUUUCAAAAGCUUUCUCCGUCUGAUGCUGUGAAAGUAAAGCAUCUUCAGCAUGUGAUGAAGGAAACACAGAAUGGUAGCGUAACAUUUGUAUCAGACGACAUCCGACAUGACGUCAUGUACGCAUUUGUGACGGAGUGUCUGGUGGAGGACAGUGAUCUAGAGUCUUUCAUGACCACGGCGUCACGUGACGUGAUAUCAGAUUACUGCCGUUCCUGGGAUUAUGAGAGGAGUGAGGGAGAGAGAUGUCUGUAUGUACCAAAAAGUCCGGCGAAAAUGUACGAUCUCUUCAUAGACAAACUACAGCUGGACAUCAUCACACACUGUACCGUUUGUGACUGGGGGAUCCAUGAGAGUAUCAGUAAACGUUUAAAUAUACCAGAAGAAAUAUUAGGAUGGGAUAUUCACGCUAGAGAAAGAUUUGUGAAGAACUUCAAACAAAAAAGAGUGAAAAUGUUUCGCGCCAGAGGUAUGAUAGUUGGAUGUGCAGGUGCAGGAAAAACAACUCUUCUUAGAAGGCUUCAUGGAAGCAAGAGAACCAAUAAAGAUAGUGUAGGGGCAGGAAAAAGAAUUUUUCUUAGAAAGUCUCGAGGAAGAAAGAGAACAGAUAAAGAUAAUGCAGGUGGAGGAAACUCAACUCCUCUCAGAACGCUUCUAGGAGGAGAGGGAACAUAUGGAAAUACGCCAACUAAAACAACCGUAGGUCUUGAGGUCCAUGAAGAUUUGUUUAUUAUCGAAGACAACAAAUUAAAAGAUUUUAGUACCAGGAAGGCAAAUAGUGAAAACCAAUAUCUUGACAACAAUGUGGUAAGCAUGACAGACUUUGCGGGACAAGUGGCGUACUACGCAUGUCACCAGGUAUACCUGUCAAGGAGAGCAUUCUAUAUCGUGGUAGUCGACAUGUCCAAAAAUCUUAAGGAAGAAAGUCGAAUGUAUGACAAAGAUCGCCAUGACCCAACUGGAUCCUUAUUUCACUCCUGGACUUACGGAGACUACUUCCAUUUUUGGCUGCAAACUAUCAAUACAUAUUGCAAAGAUGGAAUAACACAAGGGGAUCCAAGAGACACUACAACAAUGAAAGACUCCAUGGCGAAUAUCAAUUUUCACCCAGUAAUCCUUAUUGCCUCCCAUAAAGACCAGCUGGCAAAACCUCUACCUUUCAGUAAACAUAACCGAACAAAAUUACUUGUAAAUAACUAUGUUUAG